UUGUUAAAAAUGAAUUUGUUUUUAGAAAAAAAUUAUGGGAUUUUUACUUCCGGAACCCGUUUGCUGGGUGAAAACGCAUGUGUGUUUUAUUAGAGUGUGCACCUUUUCAUUUGAAUCGUUUUAUUUUGGGAUCUUGUUGUUUUGUUUUAGUUAUCAUUCAUUUCAGAGGCUUUUUUUUCUCUUCUGUUGUGUAUUAAAUCAACUGUUCGCUUGACUGAGCAGUUUAUUCUGUUGUGCGCCAUCACUUGAAAGUAAAGUGAAAGUAAAAGUAAAAAAGUGAACGUGCUUUAAAUGUUUUUCUAAGCAGGACUUGAUGAAUUGCUGCAGUGUUUAUGAUUACAACCUGUAACUUACAACUAACUAUCCCCAAAGUGGUGAUUGGCUCUUUUACCUGUAAGGCGGGACUUCCUUUCUACAUCCGCUGACUGUUGGACACUCAGAGCUCCUUGAAUUAAGAUCCAACUGCUAUAAAAACAGACUCCAUUCAAACUUUUGUGGAUAACUUGAUUAUUAGCCAGUAUGACUACGCCAGCGAGAAGACUUGUCCUUCUUGGGAAAACAGGACAUGGCAAAAGCAGCACUGGAAAUACAAUUCUUGGAAAACCAGUAUUCCCAGUCCCAACUGAAAUUUCGCCUGAAUCUGAAACAACUGAAUGUGCAAGUGGAGAAGCAAUUAAUGAUGGAAGAAAGAUCACGGUUAUUGACACACCUGGAAUAUUUGACACAAAAGUUGAUGAAAAACUCAUCAAAUCAGAGAUCUGUCGAGCUGUGACUGAAUGUGCUCCAUCUGUUGAUGCCAUCGUCAUCGUUCUUACGGUCGGAAAGUACACAGAACAAGAAAUGGAGGUUGUGGAUAAAAUUGUUAAAACAUUUGGUGAGGACACCUUUAAACAUGCAGUGGUCUUAUUCACCUUUGGUGAACAACUAAAGGGUCAAAACAUCAAGAAUUUUGUGAAGAAGAGUCCAAAACUACAGGAGCUUGUUGAUAAAUGUGGAAGUCGCUGUCAUGUCAUUGACAAUGAAUACUGGAAUGACUGUCAUUCAGAGUACAAGAACAACAAGAUUCAGGUGAAAAAUCUGCUGGAUACUAUAGACAAGAUGGUGCCAGAAAACGGCUGCUACACCAAUGAGAUGCUUCAAACUGUGGAGGAAGAAAUUCAAGAUGAGAUGAAAAAUUUAAUCGAGGACAAUUUGUCUCCAGUAGAGAAACGAGAAAGAGCAAAAAAGAUUGUUCUUAAAAAACUUCUGAUUAGACUUGCAGGAAUGGCAACAGGUGUGUUGAUUGGUGCUCUUCUGGGCGUUGGUGUUUCGGUGGCUGCAGUUGUGUAUUUACUUAUACCAGCCAGAGUUCCUGCAGUGGCGGGAAUUGUAAGAGGGACAAUGGGUGUAGCAGCAAAAGCUAUAGAAGUCACAGGAACAGCAGCCAGUGCAGGGUCUGGAAUUGCUGCAGGAGUUGUAGGAGUUGCAGCUUUUGCAGGAACAGUUGGAGGAGGAAUUACUGGAUGGGAAGCAGCAGAAGAAGCUGAUUCAAUGAAUGAUGCAAUGAAGAAGGCAGCAAACGCUAUCUAUGAGAAUGCUAAAGUUAUGACUGAGAAAGUACAAGAAAUUACUUCUCUUUUAAAAGAUUCCAGAAUGCAGAAAUGAUAUAAAUACUAAAGAGGUCUGUUCUGUCUAUAAUGUUUCAUGGCAUCAUAGAAUAUUUUCUUCACUCUAUUUUUUUUCCCAUCACAUGAAGCUUAUUAUCUUAAAGAGCCCAUAUUUACAGGUUCAUAAUUUUAUUUUGGGGGUCUACUAGAAUAGGUUUACAUGCUUUAAUGCUCAAAAAACUCAUAAUUUUUUUCUCAUACUGUACAUUGCUGCAGCACCUCUUUUCACCCUCUGUCUGAAACGCUCUGAUUUACCUCCUGUCUCUUUAAAUCCCCCUUUCCGAAAAUCCCAGUCUGCUCUGAUUGGUCAGCUGGUCCAGUCUGUUGUGAUUGGUCAACCGCUUAGAGCAUGUGUCGGAAAUGUAAUGCCCCUUACAGUAACCGAAUUAGCCCUUAGGCUGGCAUGCAAAUGUGUUACAUUGUGACAUAGCUAAGUCACGGAAGUAAUGGCUGGACUGCAAACCAGGCAUUUCAGGCAGUUCAGGAGCAGUGUUUUCUGUGGGAGAGUGUAACUCCCUUUGGCGUGGACUUUGUGCUUUGUAACUUUGCAGACUUUUACAUGCACAAACAGCUAUAUUACACACUAAAGGAAAGGUAAAAUCCCCAAAAGCAUAAUUGGGCCUCUUUAAAGUUUUCUUAACAGCUUCCAUUUCUUCUGGAACCUUUUCACAUACUGUGAUGACGUGAUUCCGCCUUAUUUAGCAGCAUAAAUCUAGCAAACCUUUUUAGAUUUGCAAUGUUUUAGUUAUUUUGUGCAGAUUUACAACAUUAUACUUGGUAUUAUAUUACCCUGAAAUUAGUUUUAAAAGGGAAGUUUCCACAGAUGCAAUGAGAUGUCUAAUACUGCUGCUGAGAGAGAGUGACAGUAAAUUAGCAAUCUUCUUUCUUCUGACUAUCAUAAUUCAUUGCUUUCUAUUUAUUUCUUCAUUUGGAAAGUUGUGGAAAUGUUAUAGUGGUGUUUUUUUGUUUGUUUUUUUUGUUUUUUUUUUAUAUUGGAGCAAAUGGGUUCAAAAAUGAUGUCUAGCGUGGUCCUCCAUUCACCACUAUUGAGGUUUAUCUUUUACUUCCGGAAGUGUGAAAAGGGUGCAUUGUUUCAAUCAAGUCUCUCAAUCAUGAAUGUUUCACAUCACUGCUUUCACAAUCACAUAGUCUGACUAAUUAAAAGUUAAAUGAUCUAUAAGCUAAAAUAUUUUGCUUCAUCUUUGUUAUUUCUAUACUACACAAGUGUUUUCUGUUUGAAAAUGUAAACAUUAUUUCCAUGUCAAUAAAGCUUCUUGAA